AUGGCGGACUACGAGGAGGUGUACGAGGAUGAAUACUAUGAGGAUGAGGAGGAAGGAAUCACUUCAGAAGACUGUUGGACCGUCAUUUCAUCGUAUUUUGAUACAAAAGGUCUUGUGUCUCAGCAGUUGGACUCUUUCGAUGAAUUCAUCUCGUCGACGAUGCAGGAGUUGGUGGAGGAGCAAGGACAAGUUACCAUCGAUCAGACCAUCACGCCGAACGAGGACGAAAUCGAUCCGGUUGUUAUUCGCCGCUACGAGAUUAAAUAUGGCACGAUCAUGCUUGCCCGACCAUCUUUCUCUGAAAUCAACGGAGCAGCAACCCUUCUACUACCCAUGGAGGCGCGUCAUCGAAAUCUUACCUAUGCCUCCCCCCUUUAUCUCAACGUUCAGCGACGCUUAACUGAAGGCCGCGAGCGCAAAGUUGCCGACCGCGACGGAGAAGGACUCGGCGAUGAAAAUGAGGAACAAAAGCCUGGUGGGACAUACCUUGAGUGGGAGGAGAAACCGUUGGUCAUUUCAGAGGAAGAGGCAAAGGGCUGUUAUAUUGGCAGAAUUCCUAUCAUGUUGAAGUCGAAAUAUUGCUUGCUGAGAGACCUCAGCGAACAGAGCUUAUACAACUGGAAUGAAUGCCCGUACGACUCUGGUGGUUAUUUCAUCAUCAACGGCAGUGAGAAGGUUUUGAUUGCCCAGGAGCGAAGUGCUGGAAAUAUUGUUCAGGUUUUCAAAAAGGCACCUCCCAGCCCGACGCCUUACGUCGCAGAAAUCCGAAGUGCGGUCGAAAAGGGUUCUCGCAUUCUAUCUCAACUUUCACUCAAACUUUUCGCCAAGGGUGACAGCAGCAAGGGUGGAUUUGGCCCGACUAUCCGGUCUUCUCUCCCAUACAUCAAGACAGACAUUCCCAUCGUCAUCGUGUUCCGAGCUCUUGGUGUUGUUUCUGAUGAAGAUAUUCUUAACCACAUUUGCUAUGAUCGUAACGACACGCCUAUGUUGGAGAUGUUGAAGCCUUGUAUUGAAGAAGGGUUUGUUAUUCAAGACCGUGAAGUCGCCCUCGACUUUAUCAGCAAGCGUGGAUCGUCACAGACGAGUAUGAGCCAUGACAGACGUGUGCGAUAUGCUAGAGAAAUCAUGCAGAAAGAGUUCCUUCCUCACAUUUCCCAGAGUGAAGGAAGUGAGACUAGAAAGGCGUUCUUCUUGGGAUAUAUGGUUCAUAAACUGCUUCAGUGUGCUCUCGGCCGUCGAGAUGUUGAUGAUCGUGACCAUUUCGGUAAAAAGCGUCUUGAUCUGGCUGGUCCACUACUUGCUACGCUUUUCCGAACUCUCUUCACCCGUGUUACAAGAGAUCUUACACGUUACGUCCAGAGAUGUGUUGAAACAAACCGUGAGGUGGUUCUUAACGUGGGUCUCAAGCCAGCCACUUUGACAGGUGGUCUGAAAUAUGCUCUCGCUACUGGAAACUGGGGUGAACAGAAGAAGGCAAUGAGCUCCAAAGCAGGUGUCUCUCAAGUGCUCAGUCGUUACACCUUUGCUUCUACUUUGUCUCAUUUGAGACGUACCAAUACUCCUAUUGGUCGUGAUGGAAAGAUCGCCAAGCCCCGUCAGCUACACAACACUCACUGGGGUCUGGUUUGUCCUGCUGAGACUCCUGAAGGUCAAGCUUGUGGUCUAGUCAAGAACUUGGCUUUGAUGUGUUCCAUCACCGUGGGGUCACCUAGUGAACCCAUUGUGGAUUUCAUGAUUCAGCGAAAUAUGGAAGUGCUCGAGGAAUUUGAACCACUAGUUACACCUCAUGCAACCAAAGUCUUCGUCAAUGGUGUUUGGGUUGGUAUUCAUCGUGAUCCCGCCCACUUGGUCAGCACUGUCCAAUCACUACGUCGACGAAACAUGAUUUCGCACGAAGUCAGUUUGGUUCGUGACAUUCGUGACCGGGAAUUCAAGAUUUUCACUGAUGCAGGUCGUGUCUGUCGACCACUCUUUGUUAUCGACAACGAUCCACGAAGCGAAAACUGCGGUUCGCUGGUACUCAAUAAAGACCACAUUCGCAGACUUGAAGCAGACCGUGAGCUUCCACCAGAUCUCGACCCCGAAGAACGUAGAGAACAGUACUAUGGUUGGGAGGGUCUUGUCAAAUCGGGUGUCAUUGAAUAUGUCGAUGCUGAAGAAGAAGAGACUAUCAUGAUCGCAAUGUCUCCCGAAGAUCUCGAAAUCUCGAAACAGCUGCAAGCCGGUUAUGCUAUGCCCGAAGAUAACAGUGAUCCGAACAAGCGUGUCCGCUCUGUUCUGAGCCAGAGGGCUCACAUCUGGACUCACUGCGAGAUUCAUCCGAGUAUGAUCCUUGGUAUCUGCGCCAGUAUCAUUCCGUUCCCCGAUCACAACCAAUCUCCCCGUAACACUUACCAAUCUGCUAUGGGUAAACAAGCUAUGGGUGUCUUCUUGACCAACUUCGACCAGCGCAUGGAAACCAUGGCCAAUAUUCUCUACUAUCCUCAAAAGCCUUUGGCCACCACGCGAUCUAUGGAGUUCCUCAAGUUCCGAGAACUGCCUGCUGGACAAAAUGCCAUCGUCGCCAUUGCCUGUUAUUCCGGAUAUAACCAGGAAGAUUCGGUCAUUAUGAACCAGAGUAGUAUUGACCGUGGUCUCUUCCGUAGUUUGUUCUACCGCACCUACACGGAAGCUGAAAGGAAACUUGGUCUUCAGACGAUUGAGAAGUUCGAGAAGCCAAUGCGCUCUGAUACUCUUGGUAUGAGGAAAGGUACCUACGACAAGAUCGAGGACGACGGUCUCGUCGCGCCAGGAGUCCGUGUUACUGGCGAAGACAUUAUCAUUGGUAAGACAGCUCCUUUGGCACCAGAGUCCGAAGAAUUGGGUCAGCGCACCAAGGCACAUACAAAGGUGGACGUAUCUACACCGUUACGAGCGACAGAGUCUGGUAUCGUGGAUCAAGUAUUGUUAACUACGGGCAAUGACCCUGACCUCAGGUUGGUCAAGGUCCGCAUGCGAACAACGAAGAUCCCUCAAAUUGGUGACAAGUUCGCGUCGCGUCACGGUCAGAAGGGUACCAUUGGUAUUACCUAUCGUCAUGAAGAUAUGCCUUUCACUCGAGAAGGUGUCGUUCCAGAUUUGAUUAUCAACCCUCACGCCAUUCCCUCUCGUAUGACCAUUGCGCAUUUGAUCGAGUGUCAACUUAGUAAAGUGUCUUCACUUCGUGGGUUUGAAGGUGAUGCCACUCCCUUCACCGAUGUCACUGUCGACUCCGUCUCUCGUUUGCUUCGAGAGCACGGCUAUCAGUCACGUGGUUUCGAAGUGAUGUAUAAUGGUCAUACGGGUAAGAAGCUCAAAGCUCAGGUAUUCUUGGGUCCUACCUACUACCAACGUCUUCGACACAUGGUGGACGACAAGAUCCACGCUCGAGCACGUGGUCCUACCCAGAUUUUGACUAGGCAGCCUGUUGAGGGUCGUGCUCGUGAUGGUGGUCUACGUUUCGGAGAGAUGGAGCGGGAUUGUAUGAUUGCACACGGUGCCAGUGCUUUCUUGAAAGAACGUCUUUUCGAUGUGUCGGAUCCAUUCCGUGUUCACAUUUGCGACGACUGCGGUUUGAUGACGCCAAUUGCAAAACUCAAGAAAGGACUGUUCGAGUGCCGACUUUGCAACAAUAAGCACCGUAUUUCGCAGGUCCACAUCCCAUAUGCAGCCAAGUUACUGUUCCAAGAGCUUGCCGCAAUGAACAUCGCCGCGCGCAUGUUUACCGACCGGUCUGGCGUAUCCAUACGAUAAAUCUGAUUCGAAGACCAACCCCCGCCAGCACGAGCUUGCGUUGCAUUCAGAAAACCUUUGGAACUUUCCUCACCUUUGAUGACAUAUUUGGCAUUCUCAAGGCGUACAGCGUUUUAAACCACCAUUUCAUACAUUUUAACUCUAUUUGCUUUUACUUUUUUCUUCCGGCGGAGAGCCCGUUGGGAGGGAAACUCAUACUCUUCGGUUUUCAGGUUGCCAUCUGUUAAUAAUAUUAAAAUUCUGCUUUGGAGAUAAAAAGAGGAAGAUUCUCCGGCCGCAAAGAACAAAAUUUUAUCCAAUCUGGUUUCGUCGACCUUUCACGUUCAAUUUUUUGGGAAAUAUGCGGGCAAUAUUUGGUGAACACUGAAUUGUAUUUUUAACUAUUUUGCCUAGCAGAAUGCCAUUGUUCCGUAUACCUGGAUCCUGGUCAGGUAUGUCUUGAUGGUGUCUCGAAGGAGCCCUGCCCAGGUGGUAUAUACCUAGGUACCAUUCGGAAGCACUUGCCAUACUAGUCAGAAGCCUGAAUGAUUGCCCAUGAGUAAUGAAUGAUACUACUUU